AUGACGGAAAGUUCAUUUGGUAAAAGCAAUAAAGGACUAAUUGCUGCAUUUGGUGACUUUAAUUCAGAUGAAUUGACAGAUGCGUUUAUUAUAAAUGGAUCCACUAUUGAGGUGCUUCUAGCUCAUGACAAGGAACCUUUUCUAAGACCAUCUCUAAGUUGUAAUUUUAGCAAUGACAUUAUCACUAGUAUAGUUCCAGGUGACUUUGAUGGAGAUGCUUACAUGGAUAUUUUAUUUACUAAAGCAGUUCAAAAUGAAACAUCUUUACAUGAAGUACAUAUAUUAUGGGGUGGAAUGCCAGACCUUAACUGUAGUAAUGCUAAUUCAAUAAAAGCAGUAACUUUUGGCCAACCACUAGUACUUGAUUAUAAUCGUGAUAUGAUAUUAGAUCUUUUUGGUAUGAAUGCUCAAAAGGAAAGAGUUUUUUGGGUAUUUGAUAACUCAAGGUCUACUCCUAUGGAAAUAAUUAUGGGCAAUGAUAAGUAUAAGGAAAUCAAAUUGCCUCAUUCACAUUCAUUUUUAGAUGUAAAUGAUGAUAAUGCAGCUGAUCUUUUAGUGACUACAAAAUUGGAUGUUGAAGUAUGGUUAAAUGAAGAACCAAGUGGUUUUAAAUAUAAUAACAGUAUUGAACUUCUUGUUGGCUUUGCAACAAUAUAUGGUCAAGCAUUGUUUAUUGAUGUAGCUUUAUCAGGUGAAUUCUUUUUAGUUCUACCAGUGUGUUAUGAUCUUGGAUGUAUUAACAGCACAAUCCUGAUAUAUGAUAAUAAACAGUGGCAUGAUUUACAAGUUGACUUUAAUGACGGAAAAGGAACUUUAUGGCAUUUUAUACCACCAAGAGAUGAGCCUUAUUUAGAAACAAUAACCAUGAGAAGCGGGGAUUACAAUAUGGAUGGAUAUCCUGAUAUUCUUAUGACACUCAGUCCUACAAGUAACAAUAAUGAAACUAAAGUAUUUUUAAUGCACAAUGUAGCAUGCAAUCUACCAGGAUGUAAAUUUCAUAGAACUUUUGAAGUUCAAUGGGAAAAAUUUGAUUCUUUUGGAAAUAAUGUUGUUAUGGGAACUUUUUACGACUUUUACAUGGAUGGAGUGCUUGAUGUAAUUUAUGUCCAAAAAAAUAUAACCACAGGAAAAUACUUAAUGAAAGCUUUUCGUAAUGAAUUGGAGUAUGAUACCAAUUUUGUUAAAGUAAUUGUAGUUACUGGCCUUAGUAAUAAAAAAGUACCAACCAUAAAUGGCACUCUAUACACCAGAAAGGUUACAUUUGGAACUAAUUUGCCAGGACCAAAAAUUGGUUACAACACAUGGUCUCAGGAAGGUACAUACAGGACUGGAGUUUGUGCACAAUUACCACAAUCAGCAUAUUAUGCACUGCAAUUACCAUAUUCCAUAUUUGGUCUAGAUCGUACUCCAAAUUUUGUUGAUACUUUAACUGUGGGACUCUCUGGUUACUCUAAAAGCUGGACUCAGAUUAUACCAAAUUCCCAAAUAGUUUUAAUACCUGCUCCACCCAAUGAUCCCUCACAAUGGAGAGCUCAGUUAUUUGUUACUCCAAGCAAAGUUAUUCUUAAGAGUGUAUUUGUAUUAACUGCUAUAGUUAUAGUAAUUAUUGGAUGUGUUUUAUAUUUGCAUUGGAAGGAAAGAAAUGAUAGACAGGAUAUCAUUGAAAUUGAUGACAAAACUUAUGUUAAGUUAUAA